AUGGCGGUUGCUCCUGCAGCAAAUUCGUGGGGGAAAGCUGCUGAUCCGUCUGUUUCUUUGAAAAAAGGUUUUUUUAAUCUAUAUGCUGAGGGCUCUUCUUCACCUUCCAGAUCCAGAUCUUUUAAAGAAGUUUUAGCCGGUACUUCUGCUUCAGGUGAUAUUUUUCCUAACGUUAAGCAAGAUGUUUUUAAUGGUGUUCCGGCGAUUUUAUUGUCGGAUGAGGAAGUUCUUAAGCUUGCUUCACCUUUUCAGUAUACUUUGGUGGGUAAAUUUGGCUUGAGACGUCCUAAUAUGGAUGCCAUUCGGAAUUUUUUCUCAUCUUUGAAGCUUUCGGGUUUUUAUUCUAUUGGGCUUUUGGAUGCUAGACAUGUUGCGAUUCAAUUAUCAAACGAUCUUGAUUAUAGUAGAGUGUUUGCUAGACGUUCUUACCUCAUUUAUAAUUGUCAAAUGCGUGUUUUGAAAUGGACUCCAUUUUUUGAUAUAAAAGAAGAAUCUCCAAUUGUUCCGAUUUGGAUCUCUUUUCCGAACUUACGUUUGCAUUUUUUUAAUCCUAAAGUGCUGCAUGCGUUUGGUUCUAUCUUCGGGAGACCUCUCCAAACUGAUCAGGCUACUGCUUCUAAAACCCAUCCCUCUGUAGCUAGAGUUUUGGUUGAGGUGGAUAUAUCGAAAAAACACCCGAAGGAAGUUUGGGUGGGUUCUAAAUCUUAUGGAUAUAUGCAAAAAGCUGAAUUUGAGAAAGUUCCUGAAUUUUGUAAUCACUAUAAAAUGCAUGGUCAUGCGGUCGCUGAAUGCUUUAAACUUAAUCCAGAUUUGAAAAAAAAAUGUUGUGCAAUCGAGCGGAGGACCUGGAUCUACCGUGAAUAA